AUGCUGAAGGUGAAGUAUCAGCGAGUUCAUGACCGUCUAUCUGCAUGCAGUGCAAAUCAAAACUGUAAACUUUGUGAGGAAGAAUGGAAGUCUCUUGGUUUAAAGUGUUACUACUUCUCAACUAACAAACUGACCUGGACACAGAGUAGAGAUUACUGUGUGGAGAAAGGAGGCCACCUGGUGAUUAUAACCAGCCAAACUGAACAGGAUUUUGUAUCUUCACAAAUUAAAGAAACACACUGGAUUGGCCUGAAUGACUUGGAGACUGAGGGAAAGUGGAUGUGGGUGAACAACCAGCCCUUAAAUGAGACGGGUGUAACGUUCUGGUUUAGUGCACCAGAGGGACCAAAUGAGCCUGAUAACUGGAAAAAUGAGGACCCUUCUGGAGAGAACUGUGCCUCUCUGGGGCAUGAGAUUGGUGACACACGUAAAUGGUUUGACGCUUCUUGCCGUAAGCUAAAACAAUUCAUCUGUGAAAAGUAAAAUACUACACUUGCAUUUUUAGCUAAAAAAUACUUAUGAUUUUGAGAAAAGUGGAUAAGGUUUGGUUAUUGAGUCUGAAUAUUUGAUAUUAAUAAUACAGCCAACUGGAUUUUGUCUAUUGAGAAAGUGUAUACAGCCAGCUUUAUAUCAGAAUCAAUGAUAUUUUUUUUUUUUAAUGUUUUUCAGCAUUUUAAAACGUCUUGGAUUUUUAAACCUGCAGGUUUAAAUGACUGAUGUUUUUUUUAUGUGAUUAUCUAAGCUUGUGUAAACCUCUAGACCAUUAGAAGAUGGCAUGAGAUCAUGUAUGUAGAUUUUCUCUCUCUGCCUUGUAGAAACUUUUACAAACAUUUAACAAUAUCUAUUUAGAAUAGUUUGACUAUCAUGAAUCGCCAGUGUUUUAUUUCCUUGAAAACAUGUUAAAGACAAAGCGACUGAACAGUUAUAACCUUGAAGAUGUUUAGUGACUCAUACAAGGAUCCACAUCAGUUCUGAUGAGCUGAUUCUGAUUAAAAGAAAACCUAAUUCACCAGAAGAGCUUCAGUGAACCUCACCAUAAAUUCUACAAGUCUUCUAACUGUACUGGACAGAUGAACACUGCUCUUCCAAAAGAUAUUUCUUAAGUUUAUUUUUUUAAUAACCCUCCAGUAUAGCAUAGCAACAGGUUCUCCUUUAAUUUGUCAUUCAUCUCUGUACUUCUGCUAUGUAUGUUUGCUGAUGAUUGAAUGGUGUGCCUUUCAUGUUAGCUAAAACUAAAUGUAAUAUUAAUUUGCUAUUAAACAAUUAAUAAAA